AUGUCGUUCACAUUAGCAUCCCGAAUUCGAUUAAAUGAUGGUAAUUUAAUGCCAAUAUUUGGUUUAGGUUUAUAUCAAGCAGCAUCAUCAUCGAAAACAACUCAAAUUAUAACUGAUGCUAUACGUCUUGGUUAUUCAUUAAUUGAUACAGCCGAAUUAUAUGGAAAUGAAACACAAGUAGGUGAAGCUGUAAAAAAAACUAUUGAUCGUGAACAAAUAUUUAUAACAACAAAAAUUUUUCGUACAAAUGAUGGUCGUCAAGGUCUUCAUAAAUCAUUUAAUAAUUCACUUCAACAAUUGAAUACAAAUUAUAUUGAUUUAUAUCUUAUUCAUGCACCACAAGGUGGUCAUAUACUUGAAGUUUAUAAAGAAAUGAUUCAAUUACAAAAAGAAGGUAAAAUUCGUUCAAUUGGUGUAUCAAAUUUUGGUGUUCAACAUUUAAAAUGGUUAAAACAAGCUGGUUUUGUACCAGCUGUUAAUCAAAUUGAAUUACAUCCAUGGUGGCCUAAUGAAGAUAUUGUUGAUUAUUGUCGAACAAAUAAUAUUGCUAUUAUGGGUUAUUCACCAUUAGGUAAAGGACAUUUUCUUAAUGAUUCAUAUUUAAUAAAAUUAAGUGAAAAAUAUGGUAAAACACCAGCACAAAUUCUUAUACGUUGGUCAUUACAAAAUGGUUUUAUUACAAUACCAAAAACAACAUCAGGCAUUGAAAGACUUAAAGAAAAUAUGAAUGUUUUUGAUUUUGUUUUAUCUGAUGAUGAUAUGAAAGAUUUAACAAAUUAUGGUAAAAAACAUCCACAAAAUACAGGAUGGGAUCCAACAAAAAAUGGUAAAGAACAAUUUGGACCUAUAUAA